AGUCGAUUUGCUUCCGGGGUCUGGGACAUCAUGCAGUCCCACGUGUGAAAAUGCUACAAAGUGCUCUAUAAAAUCUAAAAUGGGGAAAAAUAAAACAAAUAAAUCCAAGGAGACCAAACAGCAAACGGGCAAGACCGGACACGAGCCAAGCAAGAAUAAAUUUAAAGGAGAUGGCAAAACAAAGAAACCCAAACAGGAGGAUCACCUGCAGCACAUCCCGUUCAGGCUGCGAGAGAUCAUGAAGAGCAAGGAAAGAAUGAAAGGCGCAUCUCUGGGGAGCAAAAAGCUUAAAAAGGCCAUCGCUGUGCAGUCUAAAGCAGAAGAUGCCUCUGAUGGAGACAUCGCUGUCCCUCACUUCAAGAGGGGGAAGAAAGAAAGUGUUGGUGCCUAUUUGAGGCGAAUGGAGAAUGAGACAAAUUAUGUUUCCUUCCUCACAAAUAACCAAGUUGAGAGAAAACCCGAGCUUGAUGCAGACAAACAGGAGAAGUCUGCAGAAAAGGGGAAAUCUGAGAAGAAGAAAGAGUAUGAUAAAAAGAGACUGGGCAAGAUACAGCAGAAGAAGCUGGAUAAACAAGAGGAUAAAAUGGAGAAAGAGAUGUUUGUAGAUUAUGUUCCAUUUGGUGAAGUUUCCAUGGCCCCGCCAUCACUAAGCACGAAACCAAAGAAGGCUCCGGUUAAAACUCAGGCGUCAAAAGAGCUGCUUCUCAACUCUCUGCUCGGCCACACUGUAACCUCUACAACAAAGCCCUCAAUGGCUAGACAGAGACUGAUGGAGGAAGAGAGGCAGCGAGCAGUGGAGGCGUAUCGCCUGCUGAAGAAGCAGAAACAACAGGAACACCAGACAAGAAAUGCCCGUCUGGGAAAACUCUUAAACCUUGAAUGAUAUGCCACUUAAAUCAGUGUAUUUACUCAGUCCCAGCUUCUGUUAUGGAAUACAACACGCCUUGAUAUGCUGUAUCUGAUACAAAGAUCUCCUGCACCUUUUAAAGAAAUCAGGUUUGAUUUAAAACUUUACACCACGUAAAAUAACAGCAUUCAUCUGCUAUUUCCAUAAACAGGAGCUAAAUGGUAGUAGGUCACUCAUAUAGAGGAGAGGCUGUAUAAUAGAUGGAAAACAUCACAGGUGUCCUAUGCUGAUUUAUCAAAGGGAUAUUUGUGUUGAAUGUUUGUUUUUUCAUAAAUGCAUAUUUGCAUUUACAGUGCCUAUUAGUGUUUGUGUGAGAUUACCCUAAAAUGCAAAACAUCCACCUUUUGAUAAAUCCGGUUGGCAUCAUGUAAUAAAUUCAUUUUUAACAGUAGAAGGGUCUUUUUUUAUUUUAUUUUGGUUCUGAGGAUGAAAAAUGAAAAAUCUUGUUGGCUAAUGUUUUUUUUUUAUUGUUUUAAACGGAAAAUGUGUGCAAUGAAACCGUUUCUUGCAGGCGUACCCUAAAAUAAAAAGUCACUAACAUCCACAAGCAUGAAUUUAAAAUUUCUGUUCAUUUUCUUUUUUUUUUUAUUAGAAUCAAAAAGUGCUUACAAUGCAUUUCAAAAGGGUUCAUAGGCUUGAAGGUUUCACAUUUGGUUUUAUAUGAAAUAAAAGCAAAGUGGUGCUGACUAUAAAGAGUUGGAGGGAAAUUGUUUAAAAUAGUUUCUUACAAUUAAAAGUCUCAAAAGUGUGAUCUGCAUUUUCUGAUACAUUUAGAGAGCUCUUGUGCAAUCACUUUCCUGUAGUAAUCACCUAAGCAGGAAAGAAAUAAUCUUAUGGCAGAACCAAUAGACACUCGGCCUAAACUUGGGGAGAGCUUUACGAGAGGCAGCAGCCACUGUAUGGAACAGCUGAACAGAUCCACAUCCCAGGCAGUGGCGGUUCUAAGAUUUUUUUUUUUUCUGGAGUGGCUAAAGGAUUUCCACAGGUUGCUAUAUCAGCAUGUUGCCUGAUUAUUGGUGGUUCCAGAAAAAUUUUACAGGGGGUCAGGAAGGCCAAUGCACACUGAUGGAUGGCUGAAAAAUGAUACAUAGCAAAAACAAUAAUUAGGUCAAUCUAUAUUGAUUAAAAUAAGCCAAUGGGAGAAUGAACACACAACAUUUAGAUUUCCCGAAUCACCAAAGACAGACCAGAUUUUCAUUUGGGGCCUUCCUAAUAAAGCUAUGCACAUAUUUAUACAUUGGUGCCAUUUACAUGAAUCUAUGGUUCUACAUAAUAAAUACAUUAAAUGGAUUGAACUCUUUCUUUAGAGAAGAGUCAUAGGUGACUACAGAGACACUCUCCACUAUAAGGCUUAAAAGCAAAUAUUCUGUAUUAGUCAUCUUUAUUUAUAGCAUAUUAUUAUGAAUGAUGUCAAAGUAGGAAAUUCCACAUGAUAACAUCAAUGCUGCCACCAUCAGGCUUAGAGGAGAACUGCUUGUUCCGGGGGUAUCAAAUUAAAUCCCUGGGAGAAAAACAAAUCAGCUGUUAGGGAUGGCCAAUGAUUGGCUAGAACCGCCCCUAAACCGAGGUGUUGACAGAACAACUAUUUGCUGAGCACUCCCCAAAGCUAAUCUCUAAGGUGAUAGAACGAUAUUUUUAACAUUAGUCUCAUUUAUGUAAAUCCUGUUUUGGCUAUAUAAAAUGUAUUGCAGCAUGCGCUUUGAUAAGGACGCCCCUAAAUUAAGCCUUUUGUUUGCAGACACUUCCCAUCAAAUGUUUGCAGGACUUAGCUAUUUGAAAAGCCAAAAGGGGCAAAAAUAGAUCACUAAACAAAGUUAUAUUAAUAAACCUGGGAGACCAUCCUUAAAAAAUUUGUGUAAUGCCUACACAAUGUCUCUCCAAGUUAUUGCAUUCAUUUUUCCAAGAUUUUAAUUUUUAAAAUGCUAAAAACAAAUGUCUUUUGAUAAAUCAUGAAAUUUACAAACUACAUCCUGGCUGAUUGCUAUAGGAAUGCUGCUUAAUUCCACUCAAGCUUAUAUAUAUGCAGUAUAGGACAGAUUCACAUGACAUGUCAUCUCAAAACACUUUUUAGAUACAAUUCAAUCAAACCAUCAGUUUUCUAUCAAAGGAAACCAGGCUGAUUGCACAGAGUCAAUUACUUUCAGUUCAGCUUUUUUAAGU